UGAACGCAAAACGUCAUAUCAUCGGUGACCUGAGUCUGAUGCCCCUUCCUUCCUUUACCUUCGCCCGAUAGAUCUUCUCUGCGAGCUUCAUAAAUACCGCGUCCAAGCCUGCCAUGGUCUCCCACAACCAUGAUGCCCUCGACGUCUGCCUUCACUUUCCCCCCAGAAAUCAUCGACAUGAUCACCGACCACCUGCACGCGUCUCCCCGUACACUGCUCUCCCUCAGCCUCCAUCCGUCUUUCCUACCUUCAGCACGAUAUCACCUUUUCUCCUCCCUCGCGGUCCCCCUCCAUACACGCGGCCUUUUUGGUCUCCUCUCUCUUCUUGAUUCGCCCCACGGCACCAUUAAACCAUAUAUACAACGUCUCCUCUUCACCGACCUCACAAAGAUGGUAGCAACCCAUGGUUUGGGUGAUGUCAUUCGUGCUAUUCGCAAUCUCCCCAGACUUCCAAAGGUAAAAGCUGUCAAGCUCGCUAACACAGAUUUUGAAAAAGUCCCUGGAGAGGUGCUAGGUCUGCUCAUGUACCACCUUCGGCACUUUGCCUUGACCUUCCUGGCCGUUGAGAGGCUACACUUUUCGCGCUUCAGCGAGGUGGCGGGACUCUUUAAUGUGUUCAGUGGGUCAGCAGGCGUGGAAGCCAGACAAGUGAGCUGGACAUAUGGUGCAGGAGGGUAUGCGCCACAACCACCGCCGAACGUGGAGUGGGAGAUUGCCGAUAUUUCCGGCGGGGAUAUGCUGCAGUGGCUCGCAGACUCUGGUGCUACCGUGCGCCGUCUGGAGGGGGAGGCAGGAGUCAUCAGGGAUCUGAUCAGAAGUGUGGGGCCUUCGAUUAGGCAACUCCAAGUCAGCCUUUCCGACCAUUCACUCAUUGACGUCUCCCCCUGCACGUUUCUUCGCUCUCUUCAUCUCCAUUUACCACCUACGCCAUCAGAUGGUCAUUUGAUCACGGACAUACUCACCACGGUACAGUCUAGACAUCUGCAAGAACUAGUAGUUAUCGGGAUUUCCCUUCCCAUCGUCAUGGACUGGGACGAGCUCGACCAGGUCCUUGCAUAUCAUCGAUCAUUGCGGAGAAUAUGCUUUGUGCUUUCGCGGGGCAUGGCACAGCUGGAGAUGGGGAAACAUAUUACGGACGUUCUUCCGACAUGUCGGAAUAUUAUCCAAAUAGUACCAAGUAAAAUGAGGACCUAGUAAGCCCAACUGUCCGCAUCGCAUGGAUUGCGUUUCCGUGUACAUUAGCGAGUUUGAAAUCGCCGCUGUUAUAUACGCGUUACGUGCUAGGAGGGCCUUGACUCUGGUGGACCUGUCCUUUCGGACCCAGUGGGGUUGCGGUUCUCCAUUAUACUCUGACUACAGUUCUCGAGCGCGUGGGUGGAA